GUUUUGAUAACGUGACCCCUGAAACCAAACACAGCCCACUCCUAUAUAUUCUUCGUUCGUCUCCAUCUGCCUUUUCUGUAUCUGUAGCUGUGGUGAGCUAAAUUAUGGCUCUGUAUCGUAUGCUUCUCAGAUCCCUCCGACGAUCAUCCCCUCUUUCUCCCAGCAUCACCGCCUACUCCUCCUCCACCUGCACCAAUUCUAUUCUCUACCAGCAGCAGCAGGUGAAUCAUAACUUACUCUCCUCUCGCUCCUUUGCCUUCUCCUCGGCAGAAGAGGCUGCAGCGGAGCGACGCCGCCGCAAACGCCGCCUCCGCAUCGAACCCCCACUCCAUGCCCUCCGCCGCGACCCAAGUGCUCCUCGCCCUCGCGUCGACCCUAACGCUCCCCGCCUCCCUGAUUCCACCUCUGCACUCGUUGGUCCCCGCUUAAACCUUCACAAUAAAGUCCAAAGCCUCGUUCGAGCGGGCGACCUCGAUGGCGCCUCCGCCACCGCCCGCCAUGCAGUCUUCUCCAAUACCCGCCCUACCGUCUUCACCUGCAACGCCAUCAUGGCUGCUAUGUAUCGCGCUGGCCGCUACGACGACGCCAUCGGUCUCUUCACCUUUUUCUUUAGGCAGUCGAACAUUGUCCCCAAUGUCGUCUCUUACAACGUGCUUAUCAACACCCACUGUGAUGCUGGUCGUGUCGAUACAGGUAUCGAAAUUUACCACCACAUCCUCGCCAACGCACCCUUCAGCCCUUCGCCAGUGACUUACCGUCAUCUCACGAAGGGUUUAGUUGACGCCGGUCGGAUCUCUGACGCUAUGGAUCUCCUCCGUGAGAUGCUCAGCAAGGGCCAUGGUGCUGAUUCUUUAGUCUUCAACAUUCUUAUCUCUGGGUUCCUCAAUUUGGGCAACUUAGAGAGAGCAAAUGAACUAUUUGACGAGCUUCGAGAACGUUGCCUCGUCUAUGAUGGAGUCGUCAAUGCGACGUUCAUGGAUUGGUACUGGAAGCAGGGAAAGGAUACCGAAGCCAUGGAAUCUUACCGCAGCCUUCUUGAUCGCCAAUUCAAGAUGAGUCCUGUCACUUGCAAUUCCCUUUUGGAAGUACUUCUCAAGUAUGACAAGAAGGCGGAAGCUUCGACUCUUUUCCACCAAAUGUUGGACAACCACACCCCACCAAGUUACCAAGCUGUGAAUACAGAUACAUUUAAUAUUAUGGUGAACGAGUGUUUUCGAUUGGGGAACUUUUCGGAGGCGAUUGAGGUGUUUAAGAAGACUGGAACGCAGCCAAAGUCGAAGCCUUAUGCCAUGGAUGCCGCAGGUUAUAAUAACAUCAUGGGAAAGUACUGUGAGCAUGGGUUGGUAUCGGAGGCAGAGAAGUUGUUCGGAGAAAUGUCUGCAAAGUCGGUUAUCCCAGAUAUUACCAGUUUCAGGAUUUUGAUCGAUUCCUUUUUGAAAGAAGAGAGGAUGGAUGAUGCUGCACUUUUUUUCAAUAAAAUGGUUGUUGAAUCAGGUUUGAGAUACAAUGUAACAUACUGCAACAAGGUGCUGGAUGAGUUGGUCAGGAAGGGUAAGGUUGAAGUCGCUGCGGAGAUUCUGGGCCGAAUGGGGGUGAAAGAUGUGAAGCCAGCCCCAACACAUUAUGAGAUUGUUAUUGUGGCACUAUGCAAGGAGGGUAAACUAGACAAGGGUAUAGAUUUGCUGAGUCAGAUGUUGAGGAAUGGAAUUGUUGGUCCUCCUACUCUCCGUGAUUUUGUAUCUGAAACUUUCAGCAAAGAAGGGAGAAAAGAUGAGAUCGAUAGACUAUUUGAAAUGAGGGUAGGAACUGUCGCUGGUAUGCCGCCGUAUUCACCAGCUCCUAGAAAUUUUGCCGGUAUGCCGCCAUCUAGAACUUUUGGAGGUACACCGCCAUCAUCACCGCCUUCUAGAACUUUUGGAGGUACACCGCCAUCAUCACAAGCACCUCAGACUGUUUCAGGUAUGCCGCCAUCACCGGCUCCUGGUACAGAAGGACAGGUAGCAGCUGGUUUUAGAGUCUGACACCAGUGGCUGCCGUUGUUUUCCCUCAAUUUUGAUUUGAGUGAGACGGAUGUCAUCCUAAUUAUUUAUACUGUGUCCAUUUAGACAAUGAAAAAAAGCCUUAAUGAAAGACAGUGGCUGUUGGUAAUUAGUUCUUCCACAUAUAUCUGGUUUGAUGGAUGUGGUCAUUCUUUGAGUCCGGACAAAGCCAUAUUUUUUUUAUGCUUUAGCUUAUUUUGUUUGAAGUACUACUUUAAUUUUUCUUCACGAUUUGAUUUCACUGGUCCAAAGUUUACUGAAUAUUCGGUUGAGCUUCAAGUUCUGUUCUUGAUUUUCUGUACUUCUGAUUUGCUGUUAAUUUAGAAUGUAAAAUUGUAAAUGUAGAAACAUAUGCUUCAAAUGUUUGAGCUAUUAUUAGUGUAGUGGAGAUAUUCAUUCAUUGAGAAAUGCUUGAAUAUUCAGGAGUUGUUUUGUUA